CUUCUUUGGCGGAAGAAGCAAAGAGAGACGAAGCGGAACAGCAAAUCCUCAGUAGCAUCUCUACCACACAGCAUGAAUCCAAAACUGCCGUCCUUGGCCGGCUAUCAUAUCAAGCACCAAGUGUCUCCUUUCCUUUUCCUCCUUCUUCUUGUUCAUGGCUUAUUCUUAAUGUUUUCUCAUGAAAAAACAAACCACCCAAUCACUUCAAAUAAUUUCUCCAAAAUUGACACCAAACCAGACCCAGAAAGCAAUGGGUUGUACUCAGGGAAAGCCUUCAAUGAAUACACCUCCUAGGGUUUUGGAUAGGCUGAAAAAGCAAAAUGGGUAUGUGGGUAGGAGAGAGGGUUUUGCAGCUCAUAGAAGAUCCACUGGUCAGAGGCAAUCUGGCAGGAUACACCGCCCAGAGCCACCAGUGGAAGUGGAGGAUGAUGAUGGGUCUGGUAGUGGUGAUGGUGGUGGAGAAGGUAAGUUGACUGAUAGGGUGGUAAAAAGAGAUGAUGGUGCUGAUGCUCGCGGGAACAAUUCACGGAGAGAUUUACUUCUUGUUGGUGAAGAUGAAUUUGUGGAUGGAUGGCCAAAGUGGCUGACUGAUAAUAUUCCCAGAGAUGUUUUGGCUGGUUUGGUCCCAAAGAGUGCAGAGAACUAUGACAAGCUUGAUAAGGUAGGCGAGGGUACUUACAGUAAUGUAUAUAAAGCUCGAGACAGAGACACUGGAAAGAUUGUUGCCCUGAAGAAGGUUCGUUUUGACACCUCAGAACCUGAGAGUGUGAAAUUUAUGGCACGGGAGAUUAUGAUAUUGCAGAAGCUGGAUCAUCCCAAUGUCCUAAAGCUUGAAGGGUUGGCCACAUCGAGAAUGCAGUAUAGUCUUUAUCUCGUUUUUGAUUUCAUGCAGUCAGAUUUAGCAAGAAUCAUUUCUCGCCCUGAAGGAGGACUAACUGAACCACAGGUCAAAUGUUACAUGCAUCAACUGCUCUCAGGACUACAGCAUUGCCAUGAAAGGGGAAUAUUACAUCGAGAUAUUAAAGGAUCUAAUCUUUUGAUUGAUAAAAAUGGGAUCCUAAAGAUUGGAGAUUUUGGGCUUGCUAAUUAUUAUUCUCCAAACCCCAAGCGUCCUCUCACAAGUCGUGUUGUGACACUUUGGUAUCGAGCACCUGAGCUAUUGUUGGGUUCUACAGAUUAUGGAGUUGGUAUUGAUCUUUGGAGUGUUGGAUGCCUCUUGGCAGAGUUGUUUGUGGGGAGGCCAAUUAUGCCUGGCAGAACUGAGGUUGAGCAACUUCACAGGAUUUUUAAGCUAUGUGGAACUCCCUCAGGGGAAUAUUGGAAAAAGUUGAGGUUGUCAACAACCUUCCGACCUCCCCAAUCUUACAAACCAAGUCUUUUCCAAGCUUUCAGAGAUUUCCCUGAAUCUUCUCGUGGUCUUUUGAGCACACUUCUUGCUUUGGAUCCAACAUAUCGUGGUAGUGCAUCUUCAGCCCUUCAGAACGAAUUCUUUCACACAAGCCCUUUGGCAUGUGACCUUUCAGGUUUACCUGUUAUCUACCAAGAGGAGGAUGAGCUGCCUCAAGCUAGUGAACGAAGGAAGCACAAGAACACCAGAAUGAAGCAACGGUCUCAAACACAUCGUGAACGGAGGAUAAAAGACAUAGCAAUUGAGAAACCAAAAGAAGAUCAUGUGUCUCCUAAAGAGGAUCCGGAAAAGAGGGUUGAAUCAAACAUCCAGAGCCAAGAACCACGAACCAGUACCAGUAGUACCUCAUCCAGCACAAAGCCAGGUCCGAAUGAAAACCUGCCUUUCUUGCUCUCCCCUAUCGCAUCCUCCCAGCAAAAGCGCCUUCCCCCAGGAACCCAGGGCCAUACUAAUAAUGCUAGAAAAAGUUUCCAUAAAUUGCCACCAUUGCCUCCUUCUAAGACCCAGUCCAACAAGUACAAAAUGGAAGAUGAGGACGUGCGCAGAUUGAGUCAAGUGAACAGGUCUGUAUCCACAAGAGAAUUCAGAGAAUUGAACCAAAGGAAGUAUACACAACUCUCUAUCCAUUAGAAUGACCAGGCCUCAUGAGAUUACAAUAUUUAGCCAAAACCAUUCCUUCUUAGUUUUACCAAUAUAUGAUUUGCUGCUCUUCUUGGGUUUUUGUUCAAUAUUUAUGCGGAUAUGUUUUUUCAAAGAGAUCAAGAGCAUAUACCCAGAUCUCACAUGAGUGAUAUUAUGCUAAUUUAUACCAUUGGCCUUGAUAAGCACAGCCCUGGUUACUGUAUGAACAUGUUAUAUUUUUCCUCUGUUAGUUUUCAGGCAUUGGUUUGCCUAAUGUCAAGGUGAAAAUCAAGUUUUGA